UGGUAUCAAAACUCCAAAAAAAUACGGCAAGUUUGGCUAGAAAAAUGUCAAUACCUUUUCAGUCAGUUGAAAAAAAUAAUAUAAACAUUCAUUUGUUGGAAAUAUAAUUUAACUAAGCGCUUUAGUUAUAUUAGCAAUGGAGCAAAAGAAACGGAACAGGGGGGAUAAUUGGACUGCGGAAGAUAAGGCUUUGCUUCAAGAAUUAGUUCGUGAACGGGUGGACAUUAUUGAAAAUAAGAACACGGAUACAAAUUCAAAUAAGUCCAAACAAGAGGCCUGGAGAGACUUACAAGAGAGCUUCAAUGAGAUAUGUGCAACUAAGCGAACUGUGAUCCAAUUGAAAUCACAGUGGACUAUUGCGAAAAUGACGGCAAAAAAAGCGAAGUCGAAAGAGAGGCGUGAACUUUUGAAAACUGGCGGUGGGGCGCAAUCUGUUGCUGAACCAUUAUCAAACGAAGACAUCUCCGUUUGGCUGCCAAAUGAGUUUGUUGUCGACUUCAAUUCAUUUGAUUCGGACAAAAGUCAGCAGGUUGUAGUAUUGGAAGAAUCCUUGCCCAUACAAAAUAGCGCCGAAUUGGAGGGAUGCGAAAAAAGUAAUAUCGAAGCAGACGCAGUGGAGGUAAUGCAGGAAACAGACAUCGUUGGCUCUAGCCAACAUAAUGUUGAAAAUAUAAAGACACCAUCUCUUAAUACUAGUAGGGCAUCUAAAAACGAACGAUUUAUUCACAUUGAAUUGGCGAUAAGGCUGAACCAUAUACUAGCAUGUGUAUAA